GCACAUUUUCCUAUAUAGACACCUCAGCUCAGGCUUUCUCUGUAUUGACUGACUCACUGGCUGACUGUGCUAGCCAACCAGAGAGACUGUACGGGAUGAUGAUGAUAAGAGCUGGUUUACUAGUCCUGCUGCUGGUGGGAGCCUCCCUCGCAAGUGAUUUCGCUGGCACUAAGAAUAUCCAAACUGAUGACGCUGAUAUCGGUCCCACCUCCUGCCACAUACCCUGCAGAGUCAAGUACAAUGGUACAAAGAAUUUCGUUUUUAAGGAAUAUAAGUUCGCAGUGAGCUGGACUUUCAGGCCGCGCUCUGGGAAAGAAUAUCAUUCAGUGACGGACACACACUAUUGGAUCAAUGAGUAUGGUCUAGCAUUAAGUGUGGCAGACCCACAGUGCCGCAGGAUAUUGGGCCAGCCUAACUCUACUGGUUCACUACAACUAGACUGCGGCCUAACCAUUGCAUCAUGCAGUGAUAGGAAAUAUGAGGCCUUCAGAGGAUUUUAUAUUUGCAAAGUGCAGCACAGAUUUACUGAAGCAAGAUUUGAUGUCUACUCAGAACUACAGCACCAGAUCAGAGGAGUAGUCACAGACAAUGAACCUAGCUGCUAUCAUCCUGAUGCUGUCAACAUGAGUGCUGCAGUGAGCACUAUCAACUCUACCCAGAUGGUCACUGUACAAUGGGACUCUACUAUUCGUCCUACCCACAUGGAAUAUUGUCAUGGCUCUCGCAGAUACUCUGUGUAUGUGCUCAUGUUUGAACCAGAAGAUCUUGAUGAUUAUAUGGACAAUGGUCCCGUGUUACCAGCCCCAGAAAUAUUCUACAUCAACACGAGCCAAGCACGGGACACACACUACACACACACUCCUCCAGUCAGUAGGGACAAAUACUACAUUUUCCAGAUACGGAACAGGUAUAAAGAUACCACAGGAAUGUACCUCUACAAUCAGUUCCCUUCUCCCAUCUUCUACUUUGGGGAACAAAGAUCGCCCUAUUUCCUGGAGAGUGAUGACAUCACACUGACAGUGAGUGUAGGGGACACUGUCACUAUCCAGUGUCCAGCUGGAGGUGCCCCGCCCCCUCAUGUCCUCCUCAUACGUAAUGGUCGUAAGUUGGGUACACUCACAGGAACUGGAUAUCAGAUAAUAGUCUCAUUGUCUGAUGUUGGGGACUAUUACUGCUCUGCCUCUAGUAUUCACGUGAACCCUCCAUACCUCAAGAGACGUCUGACUGUCAACAAGAAGGUCACCAUCAAGAGAGCAGUGUCAGUGAACAUUACCCACCAACAUCCUUGUCAACCUUACAACGGUGGGAUAUGUCGUAACUUUAUCCACGAAGACACAAACGUCCUGGUCAAUAGCGGAGCAGAGUUGUUGGAAAGCACCAUAAGUGAACAGAUUGGGUUGAUAGGUACCUACACGGCCAGUCACCAUGGUAACCUGGCCUCCACACGCUAUAUGACUGCCGGUAUCACUGAAAAGACUAUUGAUCAAUGUUAUGACUUUAUUCGAGGCAUUGCCUGCAGUAGUGUAUACCCUUAUUGUGAUGCCAGCUCUACCACCAGUCAUCCUGUACCACGACCUCUCUGCAAGCACACUUGUAACAUUCUCAGAGCUGAAGGAUUCUGUGGCUUCUUCCUGGAUCCAUCCUUCCUUGAGGAGUAUCGUUAUCAGCUCUUCCCACUGCGUUAUGCUCUGUUUGCCAGCUGUGAUAAUCGCACUACCCCUGGAGGAGAGAGCCCGGAGUGUAUCUAUGUGUCCUUAGACAGCCCUGCAGUAGAUAGCCCUGGUGAGGGUGUAGUGGAACAAGUGGAGUGUGUUAAAGGCAAUGGUAGAAGUUACGCUGGUCACCUCUCACGCACUGCCAGUGGGUUACCUUGUCAGUCCUGGUACUCACAGUCACCCAACGCCCACUCUAUUGUCCCUGCUCACUUCCAACUGGAGCUAUAUGGAGCUAGCUUCUCUUGUCGUAACCCAGGUGGCAUAGGAGAGCGACCGUGGUGCUACAUAGCUAGAGGCAGUGGUCGGUGGGAGUACUGCAAUCCUCCACAAUGUCAUACUUGUGAGAUGUAUGGUGGUCAGUUCUGCUCCUCGCUGUCCGGCUACAGAGAGAGAAGUGUGCACGUGAAUCGUGAGGGUUGGAGCAGUGUGUCACUGGGUGAUAUAGAGGGGAGCAUGGUGGGCCUGUAUCACAGUCUAGAGGGGGAUAAACUGAGCCCUGCCUGUCAGAAUGCUCUCACUCUCCUUAUAUGUCAUGGAUCACUGCCCUUCUGCAAGGAUGGAGUCUCUCCUAGUCCUCUGUCUUCUUGUGUAGACCAUUGCACACUGAGAGAUGAGAUGAGGCUAGUUUGUCCUGUCAAGGUUCUCUCUGAGCUGACAUCACGUUGGAGCUCUACUCAUCGUGUUAAUCAACUACUAGGCCCUGAUUGCAGUCUCUCAUCUAGUGAGCAGUGUAUGCCCUCUCCCACCAUCAUCACCACUCAAGCUGUCAGCAGUUGCUACAACAGCAGUGACUAUGGCCAGAGCUAUAGUGGCCCACACUCACGCACAGUGUCUAACCUGCCUUGUAUGGACUGGAGCGAGACUAACACUAGUUUCACUGCCACACUCUACCCAGAGCUAGUGGGAGCUGGUAGCACAUGCAGGAAUCCAGGACAGUGGGCCAAAGCUCCGUGGUGUUUCAACAACCAGGGCCUCGUUGAGCUAUGUCUCGUUGAAUCAUGCUCCAUUGUUGGUAUUGAGACCAAGGACCCCUCAUCAUCCAAUCCUGCUAGUGCUGUGGCUCCAGUAGUGUUAGGGAUUUGUGUAGUCAUUGCUAUCUGUGUUACUGUUAGUGGUGUCGUUGGGUUUGUGGUGUACAAGCACAAGAAACAAACCACUGCCAGUUCACCUCAGCUGCAUGUCAUUGGCAACGAUUCUGUCAAGAAUGUCAAGUUCAGAGACAAUAAUCAAUAUCCACGUAUUCAACUGCUCCCUCCUAAAGUGGCCACUGCAAUCGCUUCAUUCAAACAAGUCCCCAAAGCCAACAUAGAGUAUGUCAAGCAACUAGGACAAGGUUUCUUUGGCAUGGUGUUCAAGGGCAAGCUACGAGGCAUGGAAGGCAGCUCAGAGCCUGACACACACGUGGCUGUCAAGACACUCAAGGAAGAUACUAACGAUGGAAUAGAAGCUUUCGUGAAUGAAGCUAAGCUUAUGUUUGGAUUUGACCACGAGAACAUAGUCAAGAUCCUAGCUGUAAGCAUGACGCAGGCCCCCUACUAUCUGGUGUUUGAGUAUAUGGAUAAAGGUGACCUUGCUAAGUUCCUGAGGGAGAAUGCUAGUAGUCUACAACGUCGCUACAUGAACCCUCUGGACCGCCCACGCUCUCGUACUGAGUCUACACUGUCUGAUGAUCCUGCCUCACUCAAUCAAGAACAACUCACCGAUAUCUGCAAGCAAAUAGUUCAAGGAAUGGAAUACCUCUCAGUAAUGAACUAUGUGCAUCGUGAUCUGGCAUGUCGUAAUUGCCUGGUGUCAUCUCUCCCUGAUGAUGAUUGCAGUGCUACACCAUCCAGAGUUCUAGUCAAGAUAGGAGACUUUGGACUCAGCCACAACCUCUACAGCAAGGACUACUAUCGCGUGAGGGGGCAAGCUGUGCUACCUAUUCGCUGGAUGUCUCCUGAGGCUAUCAUAUAUGGCAAGUUCUCUACUGCCGGUGACGUGUGGUCCUUUGGAGUGGUCAUGUGGGAAGUGUUCACACUUGGAAUGCAGCCUUAUUAUGGCACCUCUAAUGAAGAGGUCAUGGAGAGGGUGCGUCACGGCAAGGUGUUACAGAAACCAUCAGAUUGCUCUGGUCGUAUCUACGCUAUCAUGAACGAGUGUUGGGCACAAGACGACCAAUCACGGCCAACCUUUAAAGAGCUAAGUCAAUGCCUCGAGGAAUGCCGAGUCAGCACUUCUAGCGAAUACGAUGCACAAAGUGUGUAUUCUGACAUAUCCAGCGAUGCUUUCCUUGAGGAGAACUCUGACCCCGAGACAGAAAUGACAAAAGACGACUAGAUGUACGCGUCUAGUCAACUGUCAGCUCAAAAAACUGAACAUUUUUCCCUACAUGUAUAGUAUUUUGCUCAUAAUAAUACAUUAAAUUAUUAUAAUUAGCGUCAUAAUUUUGCCAUUUCAUAUCACACAAGCUGAAUUGUUAUAUAUAAUUAUA